AGAGAUUUUAACUUUGUUUCAUUUUUGCCAAAUCUUUAUUUCGGUUUGAUUUAUUUAAUUUGGACUAAACCAUACGGACUAAACAGGCAAGGGGAAGUUUUUUUGUUUUUUUUAAGAAAUUGACUAUGGUAUGUUUUGAUAUUUCUCCACAGCCAACAUGGACUAACUAAAAGACCACUGAGACAACCCAUUUUCAACCUUCAGUCUGGUCAAACAGAAGAAUUAUAUCUCUCAGCAAUGAACUUCAGGUGGCGACAGACAAAGUUGCUGGUAAGCUGAGUUCUACUCUCUCAUGGGUGAAGAACUCAGUGUCCCACACGGUCAGUCAGAUGGCUAGCCAGGUGGCCACGCCCACUUCCUUGCAGACCACUGCUACCUCAUCCUCCACGUCGCUGUCCUCGCCUGGCCUCUCGCCUGGCCUCUCGCCGUCUUCACCAGCACAGCUCAGUCCUGACGAUGUGCAGCUGCUCGCCAAGCUGGAAGAGCAGAACAGGCUGUUGGAGACAGACAGCAAGUCGCUGCGCUCCAUGAACGGCUCCAGGCGAAACAGCGGCUCCUCCCUGGUGUCCAGCUCCUCCGCCUCCUCCAACCUCUCCCACCUGGAGGAGGACACGUGGAUCCUGUGGGGACGUAUUGUCAAUGAGUGGGAGGAUGUGCGCAAAAAGAAGGAGAAGCAGCUUAAGGAUCUUGUAAGAAAAGGGGUCCCUCACCACUUUCGAGCAAUAGUGUGGCAGCUCUUGUGCAACGCCCAGAAUAUGCCCAUCAAAGAUCAGUACUCGGAGCUCCUGAAGAUGACGUCGCCCUGCGAGAAGCUGAUUCGCAGAGACAUCGCCCGCACAUAUCCUGAACACGAUUUCUUCAAGGAGAAAGACAGCUUGGGCCAGGAAGUGCUCUUCAACGUCAUGAAGGCGUAUUCUCUGGUUGACCGUGAGGUCGGUUACUGUCAAGGAAGUGCAUUUAUAGUAGGUCUGCUACUCAUGCAGAUGCCAGAAGAGGAGGCUUUCUGUGUGUUUGUGAAGUUGAUGCAGGACUACAGAUUACGUGAACUUUUCAAACCCAGUAUGGCCGAGCUGGGACUCUGCAUGUACCAGUUUGAGUUUAUGAUCCAGGAGCAACUCCCAGACCUACACAUGCAUUUCCAGGCUCAAAGCUUUCACACAUCCAUGUACGCCUCCUCCUGGUUCCUCACCAUCUUCCUCACCUCCUUCCCUUUGCCCGUCGCAACAAGGAUCUUUGACAUUUUCAUGUGUGAGGGUCUGGAGAUAGUUUUCCGUGUGGGCCUUGCCAUCCUCCAGAUGAACCAGACUGAACUCAUCCAGCUCGACAUGGAGGGAAUGUUACAGCACUUUCAGAGGGUCAUCCCGCACCAGCUGGAUAGUGGACCAGAUAAAGUCAUCCUGGCUGCUUAUCAAGUUAAAUACAACGCCAAGAAGAUGAAAAAGUUAGAAAAAGAAUACACUACAAUCAAAACUAAAGAAAUGGAGGAGCAGGUGGAGAUAAAGAGGCUGCGAACAGAGAACCGGCUCCUGAAGCAGAGGAUAGACACACUAGAGAAAGAAAGUGCUUCCUUGGCAGAUAGAUUGAUCCAGGGACAAGUGACUCGAGCUCAGGAGGCGGAGGAGAACUACCUGGUCAAGCGGGAGCUGGCCACGGUCAAACAGCAGAGCGAGGAGGCCAGUGCUCAGCUGGAGCAGGCCCAGAAAACCAUGAGGCAGCUUCAGCAACAGCAGCAGCCACACGCGAAGGGAGCCCCUCGGUACUCGGAGGAGUCUGUCCUGCAGCUGGAGAAAGAACUCGUGCAGGCCCGACUAAACGAGGCAGAGUCUCAGUGUGCCCUGAAGGAGAUGCAGGACAAGGUCCUGGAAAUGGGAAAGAGAAACACGUCUCUACCAGAUGACACCAAUGUGGCUCGACUUCAGGAGGAGCUGAUCGGGGUGAAGCUUAGAGAGGCAGAGGCUCUGACCGGCCUGAAAGAGCUACGACAGCAAGUCAGAGACCUGGAAGAGCACUGGCAGCGUCACUUGGCACGCACGGCCGGUCGCUGGAAGGACAGCCCAAAGAAGAACACCCUGAGCGAGCUGCAAGAUGAGCUUAUGAGUGUGAGGCUGCGCGAAGCCGAAGCCCAGGCCGAGCUACGAGAGACACGGCAGAGGAUGCUAGAAAUGGAAACGCAGAAUCAGAUACACAGUAACCAGCUGCGACGGGCGGAGCAGGAGAGUCGCUGUCUGCAGGAAUGUGUGCAAACACUGACGGUGCAAAACAAAGACCUGCAUAUGCAACUGCAAGAGAUCAAACGGAGACAAGCCGAGAUUGAAUGCAAGAGUAAAGAAGAGGUGAUGGCGGUGAGGCUGAGGGAAGCUGACAACAUUGCUGCUAUGGCUGAACUCCAGCAACAGAUCUCUGAGCUUGAGAUUCAGAAAGAAGAAGGAAAGGUCCAGGGCCAGCUGAACCACACCGACUCGAGUCAGUACAUCCGAGACCUCAAAGACCAGAUAGCAGAGCUGAAACACGAGAUCUGCUGCUUAAAAGGACAGAGGGGCUUGGCCAACCCUCCCACUUUUGAUGGGAUCCACAUCGUCAAUCACUAUGUCAGGGACGACAGGUCUUACCAGUCUUCAGAUGAAGAUGGAGUCAAGGACCCCAUCCUGCAGGACAGCCAGCAGAGGAGCGGCAGUCGUAUCAGACUGCGGCCCAACCUGCCGGACACAGACAGCGAGGAGGAUGAGGAGGACGACGAGGCCCUGCGGCUCUCUGUACCUCCGAGCAGCAAGUCCACCACCGUGUGAUGUCGGGACAGAUGCUGUCAGCACCCAGUCAAGGAGAGGAGGUGUUCCCAGCAGCCAUUUCAGAGGAGGAGUCUGGAAUUUCAGAAAGCAGAUGCAUCAUCAUUUCAUAGCAUGAGAAUUACACUUACGGAUUGAGUUUAUUUAGCUUGUUUGUAGUUUUUUUUGUUUUCUACUUGAGGGAAGCAAACACCACUGGCAGAGGCGGAUCAUCAGCAUGGACCUCAGCAGAGAAACCAAUAAUGUGGAGGAGUGUAUCAAACUCUACUGGGCCACAACGACAAGAGGAGGAGAAUCACUCUACUGCCCCCACUCCUCGUAUAGGUACAACACAGAGAGAGAGACUGUGCAAUAAAACCUGUGCUAUAUCACACACUUCAUUCAAGGCGUUUUUAUACUUUUAAAAGCAUUUUAUAAAAGAACAUCACACACGUGGUGCCGUUACUCCUAAGUGUCUAUCAUGCAGAAACACGAUUCAUUAGAGUCUUGCUGAGCGUGGUCAGAGGCUGCUAUCAGAGGCCCCUACGACCGCCAGCAGUGACGCUCUGGCCUUCGUUAAUGCUGCACCGGGGCUGGUGAAGCACGAGGUCAAUGUGACAUCUGCAUACUUGUAGAUAUGUAAAUGUGUAUCAUGUUUGUUUGUUUCCUUUUGAACUUGAAAAUAUGUAUCUAGUGCAUAUCUGAUGUGUAGAUUAUAAUGUACAAUUCAGAAAGAGAAAAAAAAAAGGGACAUGUAAGUUACAUAAAUAUGGUAACACCAAUGACUACACAUGUUUGUGAGAACAGUGAGAAGAACUCCAGACAGAAGAGAGAGAAACAUAAGUGAUGUUCCCUCAUCAGAAGACUUCGGCCUCCUCGUUCUGCACAAAGUUAAAAGUGAAUAAUCUAUGACAGAGGGAGUAUGGCCAGGUACAAGAAAAAUAAUAAUUUUAUUCAUACUUUGGACUUUAAAAAAAAAGUGAAAUGUCGAGAAUUAAGUUGAAAUAUCGCAAUUAAGUAUAAUGUCAAGAAUAAACCAACAGCGUCAGAGCCAGGUGUGAGAGAAAUAAAAACCAGGAAGUAAGGUUGUUUAAAUCUACCAUACUCUGAUACUUUUGGAUGCCAAGUGUUACUGAUACUGAAGCUGUAUAAAAAUACAGAUCUUAAGGCAGAUGUUUAACCCAAAGCUGUGAGAGAAUCACAGAAAGAAGUGAUGGUGACGUCAAUAUUAAAGGUCAGCAGAUACUGACUUUUCUGAAGUCCUUUAGACGCGUCACAAAGAUGCAAAAGUAAUGUUUAUGUUUGUAACAGACGGUGAACAGAGGAGGGGACCGUGUCCUGGAGUUUUCUUAUAAAUUUUGGUAAUUAAAAGCAACAACUUACCCAUAUUUUGGGUGCCCAUCAAUUCUUGUUGCCAUGGUAUCAAACAGGCAUCGAUGUCUUGAUUUCUUUUCCUCCUAGUAUCAUAUCAAAGUGUGAAAUUCUGUGAUGGUGUCAACCCCUCCAGGAAGUAGACUUCUUUAUUUUCUCAUUUGUUCUUAAAUUCGUAAAUGUCUUUAUUUUUCUUGUACCUGGCCCUUUCUGAAAAUUUAAAUUGAUUAUCAGCAGUUUGACUUUAUUCUAAAAGUGAAUUAAUUAAAAAAGAUCUUCCCUUAGGGUGGGUUUCUUAUCCAUGGCCCUAUUGGUGUGUUCAGACCAAAGCAAAGCUCACAGUCACCUGUGUGAGUUUGACUGCAAGAUCAUUUGUGUUUAAUAUCGUUGGUUAAACACAACCUGACAAGAUUCACCCUUCCAGAUAAGUUGGCAGGUGAACUGCUUUCUCAGUAGACUUAAGAUAACUUUCCUGCUGCCUCCAGUCGUUAGAGGCCGACAGGGGGAAAGGUGUUCUAACCCGUUAGGUUUGGUUGUACUAAGCGCAGGACCAGAGUUACUCAUUUUCAAUCUGCCCACUACAGCAGCAAGACUUCCAAAUAAACUGUUUUUAUUGUAAUUUAAUAAGUAUAAUGAUGAUUCAAUAAAAACAUCAUGAUCCAUUUAAGUAAAAGUCCAAAUGUUUGCUUUUUACAUGAGACAAAAAGCUACAUUUACAAUAAUCAAUCGUCAUGCUUGAGUCAGUCUCUGGACAUCUCAAUGCUGAACUUUUUAAACUUCCAAGAAAAAUGUUUCCUUGAUAGAUAUGAAUAAUCUUUGCAUGAAGUCGUACCGGGAAAUCUGCUUCGAGUCUGAACACGCUGCUGUUAAAAUCAGUGCAGAAAAAGGUUUCUGGUUCAUUUCUUCACUCUGAGUUCUCUGACACAUCCCAGUUAACCUUUCAGCUAGUUCAUUUGUUAAUGUGUCAAAUGUGAGUCAUGCCUAUCAUAUGUUCUCUGUAUCAUACAUUUGCACAUGAACCAGAUGACAUGAGUUUCAAACUGGGAGUUAGCUCUGAGAUAACACAACCUUGCACACUUCAAUCUGGAGAGGAGUCAGGACCUUCCAAGUGUUUCCAAAGUUUAAGCACUGUAUUCUGUGCUCAUCCUGUGUUUGUGUAAGAAUUUCUCUGAAUGCAUGUAUUGAACACUAACUCCUGUGUUCAGUGAAAGUGAACUAAGCAUUGUUGGAAGUCCAGGAAACAGAAAAAACGUGAGUUUGAAAAUAUCCCUUUGUUAAAAAAAAAGAAGUGAUUGUUUGCUGGGAGAGGAACACGUUAUGGCACUUUUUUUUUUCUUGAGUCUGCAGUGCAGUAAGGACACACAUGGCAACACUAUGAGGCAGUCAGCACACUCUGGAGAUUACAUGAGAUUUCUGUGUGCGUGUGUGUGAUGAGUUCUCAAUAAAAAAACAUUUGAUAAAACU